GCAUUAACGAGGACCUGAAAAAAGCCAUUACAGACAUAAGGACAGUGUCGUCACACAGAAUAACUACAGCGUGAAAACUUUCACCGUCACAGAAACAUGAUGUCUGGUGCGAACAGUGACCUUCUGCAUAGAUCAACUUUGAGUGUUUAUAAUAACCUCAUGGAUCAGUUUAAUCCCGGCUUGCAAAAGCUGGUUACUUUAGGGAACAGCUACAUCAACGCUUUUCAAGCUUUGACUCUGACAAGUGAGGCCUACUUCAGCGCUCUUGCUAAGAUGGGCGAGCAAGCUCUCAACACAUUGUCAUCCAGAUCACUUGGUGACGUGUUGAUUCAGAUAUCAGAGACCCAGCGGAAGCUGACGGCUGAAGUCGAGGGAGUGUUCCGCUGGUUCCAUGUGGAGGUUCUGCAGGCCAUGGACAAGAACGUGAAACUGGAUGAAGAAUACAUUGAAGGCAGUCGUAGAGUGUAUGAAUUGGAGGUGAGGAAUCAGGCUGCAGCUCUGGAGCGACAGCUGAGACGGGGUGCGUUCAGAGACUCACUGGAGGGCAGCGAGUACAUGCAGUACCUGAGGCAGAGCCAGCAUGAAAUCCUCAAAGAGGAGGAAAGGAGGUAUCGUUUUCUGGCUGAAAAGCAUUGCGGACUUACACAGUCACUACUAUACCUUAUCAACAAGACGGGAGUCUCUCUCCAGCAGAGAGCAGAUGGAUGGAAAGAAAGAGUCAGUGAGAGCAGAAGCUCCAGACCUCGAACGCCCACUCCAUCAGAUCAAGAAGCUCAGUUGAAGAGUUCUCUGGGCUCUCUGCUGCAGACUGGAGACCGAGAAAUGGGCCGUGAGCCGCUGGGCAGAGUGCCCUCUAGAGCCCCGUCUCCUCUCCCCAGUCGUUCCCGCUCCAGCUCUGUAGGAGAGUCUCUGGGUCUGGGAGGCGGGCGCUCCAUGAGGGCCAUCGUGUCCCACCCCGCUUCAUCCAACCCGGUCCUGCUGCCGUUCUCCCGUGGCGACGUGCUGACCGUGCUCAUCCCAGAACCACGCAACGGUUGGCUGUACGGCCGCCACGACUCAAGCCUCCGUCAAGGUUGGUUUCCUGCUGCCUACGUGGCAUCCGUUGAAGACUUUGUACCUUUGGGCUCAAGUAGUACGUCGCACCGAAGCCACAGCAUGAACAACCUCCUGGAGCCAGCCAGCCAAUCAGAGCAUUCGGACACCCAGAGCUACAGUGACAGCCCGUCCCCAUCGGUGCCUAUGCGUCGUGCGUCGGCGGAUCUUCGCUCAAACUCUCCCCUCCCCGAAAAGAAGGCGGAGUCUAACAACGAGGCCAAGACCAGCCAGAAAACCUACCAUGAGAUCCCGCCCCCAGCCGCACCACUCCGCCGUGGAUCGGCUGACAUUCGACCGAUAUCCCCUCUCCCUGACAGGAGGGCGGAGUCUCAUUUUGAGAGCAAAGUAGAGCACAAAAAUAUGAAUGAACUCGCGCUUCCUGCUCCAACCCUUCUGCACUCUCCUCUCCCCGAGAGAAAGACCGAAUCAACCUCAGAGAGGCCAACUACUCAUGGACAACCACCAGGGCACCCUCUUUUCCCCAGAGGAUCAAAUCCUUUUGCCACCGUGAAGCUCCGGCCCACAGUCACCAACGACAGAUCAGGACCACGGAUUCACUGAGAACACCGGCCACAAAAAAACAUCACUGCACUCUGACUGGUUCAGAGUCUGUACUAACUUGAUUUGUUGAUAAGUAUACAAUUUGAGUCAACUUUAAUGUUAGAAUGAAAAGGAUUUUUUUUUAAAUUAAUUUAAAGGCACUUUUUAAACUAAAUUUAGUAUUUAAUUUGAUGGC